GUAUGUUUAUAUCUUAGUAUUGCAGAGAAAAUGGACUCCGAUGACGAUUAUUUGUACGAAGCAACGGAUUCCGGAAAUGAGUCUCCCGAGGGAGAGGAUUCAGAAGACCAGGAUGAUGACCUGGGAAUGGAUUUGGGGUUGGGAGAAGAAGCCACACAUUCUAAUGAGAUAAUUGAAGAGGAAUACCAUUUUGAGGUUUUAACUACGGAACAAAUAGUAAGUCACAUGGUGGACUGUAUCAGGGAGGUGAAUACAGUCAUACAAAUUCCUACCACAACAGUUAGAAUAUUGCUGAACCACUUCAAAUGGGACAAGGAGAAGCUCAUGGAGAAGUAUUAUUCGGAAAAUCAGGACGCCUUGUUCGAGGAAGCUCAUGUAGUUUCACCAUACAGAAAAGUUCCUGUAUCAAAGGUGAAGAGAAUACCAACAACUAGUUCCGCCUUGGAUUGUGAAAUAUGUUGUCUUUCAACUCCAAAAUCGAUGAUGACCGGGCUAGAGUGUGGCCAUCUCUACUGUAAGAACUGUUGGACCGAGUAUCUAACAACUAAAAUUAUGGAUGAAGGAGCUAGUCAGAUGAUUGAGUGUCCUGGCAGUUGUAAGAUCAUAGUAGACGAUCAGACCGUGAUGAACUUGACUCAGGAUAGAGUUAAACUCAAGUAUCAACAUCUUAUUACAAACAGCUUCGUCCAGUGUAACAGAUUACUCAGAUGGUGUCCUUCUCCAGACUGUAACAAUGCUGUUAAGGUUCAGCAUGUAGAAGCUAAACUAGUGAAAUGUAGAUGUGGACACAGCUUCUGCUUUAACUGUGCAGAGAACUGGCAUGACCCUGUCCGGUGUCCAUUGAUAAAGAAAUGGAUAAAGAAGUGUGAUGAUGAUAGUGAAACCUCAAACUGGAUUUCAGUAAACACUAAAGAGUGUCCCAAAUGUGGAGCAACUAUUGAGAAGGAUGGGGGUUGCAACCAUAUGAUCUGUAAAAACCAGAGUUGUAAAACAGAAUUCUGCUGGGUCUGUUUAGGCCUUUGGGAACCCCAUGGAUCAUCUUGGUAUAACUGUAACAGAUACGACGAGGAUGAGGCAAAGAAUAAUCGAGACAGUCAGGAGAAGAGUAGAGCAGCCCUUCAGAGAUAUCUAUUCUACUGUAACAGAUAUAUGAACCAUCUACAGUCCUUGAAGUUUGAAUCUAAGCUGUACGCUAUGGUGAAAGACAAGAUGGAGGAGAUGCAACAGCACAACAUGUCUUGGAUAGAGGUUCAGUUUUUGAAGAAGAGUCUGGAUAUACUGUGCGAGUGCAGGAGAACCCUGAUGUUUACCUACGUAUUCGCGUACUACCUCAGGAAGAACAAUCAGUCUGCCAUAUUUGAGGCGAACCAGAAGGAUUUAGAAAGUGCUACAGAACAGUUAUCUGAAUACCUUGAGAGAGAUAUUUCAGCUGAAAAUCUUGCAGAUAUCAAACAGAAGGUUCAGGACAAAUACAGAUACUGUGACAGUCGGAGAAAAGUAUUGUUAGCUCAUGUUCAUGAAGGGUAUGAGAAGGAUUGGUGGGAUUAUACAGAGCUAACCUGCUAGAUACAGAUAGUGUGCUCCUUGCUCUAUGAACCUGCUACUCCUUUCUUCCACUUUAUUUUCCUCCUUUUCUUGUUGGGUUCCAAAUCUUCCCCUGGAUCUACUUCCUUCCUUCACAACUCAACCCUGAGACUUCAGUAUACACUGUAUUCUGUACAGUGUACAGUGUCUACAUUUAAGAUUCAAGAUUGUAGUGCUUUCUUAUAGACUCUAGUCGUUAGAGUUCUAUUGGAUAAAAUCAACCUAUAUUCAUACAUGCUUAUUUAAACAUGCAUAUUUUCUUUUACAUUUUCUAGUUUAUUCUUGUUUCAAGAUUUUCAGUAAAAUUCUUGAUAAAGUGCAGAUAUUUGAAAUUAAAAUCUUUGUUGAAACCAACCACACAUCUUUUAGUUUGAACUUGGGAUUUUAAGAAAGAAAGAGGAAUGAGAAGAUUUUUGAGACAGAAGAUUGUUCCAUUUAUCCCAAAAAAUGUGUUCAUUAAAACACUAUACACAGAUCAUCUAGCACCCAACUAAACGGGAUUAGAUAUCUCUUUCUUUUAGUACAAUGCCAGCAGAAAGUUUAGGCGUGCGCAGGGUGUGUGUACUGAACUGUAUUUAGUAGGUUGUUAAAAACAACCCAACCCAUUCCCAUCAGAUUCAUACUGAUAAAUCAUAUAAACUUGUCAUUUUAUCUGUCAAAAUUUGAAAAAGAAAUAUUCGUAUUUGCACUGAAGGAUUCUUCUUCAAGGUAUACAAGACAUUGUCCUUAAAAUCAGCUGCACCACAUAACUAUUUUUAACUUAAACUUGUCAAACUGUAAAUUUAACCAGUGUGAUUAUAUUUAUAAUAAAAACUGAAUUUG